CUUGGCAGCGCGAACCGGUUUGCGGAGAGACCUGCGGCCAAGCCACGGCUGAAGACGAGUCCGAGCGCCGCCAUCCCGGACCCCGGACUCCUCGCCACCGGCCUCGGGUGCGCGGACUGCGGGCAUGUUGGCAUGGCAGGACAGCGGGGCCAAGGCGGCUCCCUCCCACCACAAGAUAUCCUUCUCGGUCCUGGACAUCCUGGAUCCACAAAAAUUCACCCGCGCUGCACUCCCGGCCGUGCGCUUUGCUCAUCGGGAAGCCAAGAAAAGUUUGGCAGAGGUCGAAGAAGGGAAGGAAGCUAGCCCUGGAGAGCCGGUCCAACUGGAGACCCCUGAAACUGCGGGCCCAGGCGCCAGCCCGGCGUCCCCCCUGGAGGGCUCCGAGGCCGAAGAGGAUGAAGAGGACGGGGAGGACGCGGAGGAGGCGCGGAGGCGCGAGGCGGCUGCGCACUCGCAGACUGGUCUGGCGCGCUCCCCCGAGACGCGGGCCGCCACACUGGGGGCUGCCGAGUGCCGCGCGGAGGGCGAGGGCGGCCUCAUGGGCUCCCCAAGCUCGCCCGGCUCUCCGCGGCCCCGGCGCCGGCGGGCUGAGCCCAGUUGCGCCAAGCCCCGUCGCGCGCGCACUGCCUUCACCUACGAGCAGCUGGUGGCCUUGGAGAACAAGUUCCGGGCCACCCGCUACCUAUCGGUGUGCGAGCGCCUGAACCUAGCGCUGUCGCUCAGCCUCACCGAGACGCAGGUGAAAAUCUGGUUUCAGAACCGCAGGACCAAGUGGAAGAAGCAGAACCCGGGAGCCGACGGUGCAGCGCAAGCGGGAGGCGGCGCGCCACAGCCCGGGACAGCCGGCGCGGCGGCGGGAACCUGCGGCGGUGGCACGGGGGGCAGCCCCGGCCCGCCGGGCCCCGGAGCUCUGCCCUUCCAGACUUUUCCCUCCUACUCCGCGGCCAACGUCCUCUUCCCGGCCGCCGCACCCUUCUCGCUAACGGCCGCCGCCGGGAGCCCCUUCGGGCCCUUCCUCGGGCCCUCCUACUUGACCCCCUUUUACACGCCGCACCUAUGAACCUGGGGUCCUCCAGGACCCUGCUGCCUCGGGAUUCACGAGUGAUUGGCUUCGCAUAGGCCCCUUCCUUCACAGAUCGGCCAGACGCGCACUGACCGCCCCCGCCCGGUGCGCGGGAGUCUGCGUGCCCCUUCCCUUUCAGCCUCUGGGAGAAGCCACCAGAGGGCGGGCAGAAGCCGCCUGCCGGCUCCGGCCGCGCCCUUUCCCGCCGCGCGGACCUGCAGAGUCCACGCGGACGGCAAGGGGAACUAGGAAAUGUCCGGAGACGGAGGCUGUUCUAAAAUCUUUCCAUUUUCAGACCUGGCUUUUCACUUUCCGUCAAGUUCAAUUCAGUUCAAGGGCUCUUUUUUUUUUUUUUAAGGGUCAGGGCAUUCCAGGCCGAGCUAACAAGUGUCAGGAUAGAGACACACAGAGAGAGCGCCUCCUAGAAUGGAAUCAUCAAGGAUUCCAAUCUACUCAGAGGUGAGGAGCUUCCCCUUCUCGGAGCUGUUUUCCCUUUGGUACUUGAUUAGUGGCUCAAACCCAGCGGGUGCUCCCAAAUUCUGAAGAAGGCUGGAGAGA